GUACUUGCCGCCUCCACGAGGGUUUAAUGUGCCUCCUUUGGGGGGCACUGGCUGGGCCAGCCGUUGCCAGUCCUGCAGUGCUGGGGCGAAUGAAUAUGCAAGUGAGAAUGAGAGGCGCAAGCAAAUCCCGCUCCGGCCGGACGUCUGUUGUGUUGGUCUAUGGGAUUGGCUACCUACACAGUUUGCCUUGUCAAAUCGUUGUUGUAAGGCUCGCUAGAACCUCGGGUCAAGUUUGUUCACUCGGUGAAACAUUUCCUUGCGAACAUGGUCUUUCUUACAACUGUUCAAGGUGACUUGAGGUACCUUACCUUAGGCAAGGCUGAUAGAUACCCAUAUACCCUGUUGGCGAGAAGGAGGUGACUGAGCUGAGGAGACGUUGGUAAUGUGACAGACCCCCCUCGUACACAUUUGAUUGUUGUUGGUGCAAGGCAGUGGAUGCCGCGAGGAGACCCAGACUCAUACCCAGACGUAGCACUGCCAGAGAAGUAGAGUGCCUAGGUAGGUAUCCGUGGCGUGGCCUCUCUUCCCGUACCCAAGUGCGCCUCACAAUGCCGUUGCCAACUGGCCUUUGGACGAAUACGCUCGACUGGCCGUGCCUUGACCUUAGUUGCCCCUCCCCGCGGCAGCGUUGGAGUCACCUUUGCUCUGUCCUUUUUGGUAUCCGUAGAGCAAGUCAAGGC